CUUCCAUGUCGAAAGUAGAUUCGACAAUUUCUGGGGAGGAGAGCUGUGAUUCUGCUGUUAAUAUAUUGCGUAGAUUGCUGCUUAUGGCUACAUGAUUACUUUUAAUACGCUUUUCGAUAAUUUUGGUCUUAAUUUAUUGCCAAAUUCCAGAUCUUUUCGUCUAGAAUGUCCCGCCAUGAGGGUGUCAGCUGUGACUCUUGUUUGAAGGGAAAUUUCCGAGGCAGGAGAUACAAAUGUUUGAUUUGUUACGAUUAUGAUUUGUGUGCUACAUGUUACGAGUCCGGUGCAACUACUACACGACAUACUACUGAUCAUCCAAUGCAAUGCAUUUUGACAAGGACCGACUUCGAUCUUUAUUAUGGAGGAGAGGCACUGACAGCUGAGCAACCCCAGGCUUUCACUUGUCCUUUCUGUGGUAAGAUGGGGUACACAGAAACAACCCUGCAGGAGCAUGUCACUGCUGAGCAUGCAGAUACCAAUACAGAAGUGGUAUGCCCUAUAUGUGCAGCACUUCCCGGUGGUGACCCUAACCAUGUGACUGACGACUUUGCAGCACAUCUUACCCUGGAACAUAGAAGCCCACGAGACUUUGAUGAGCCUGCGGGCAUUCGCCACACCCGACGGAUACCCCAUCCUAGUCGAGGAGUAGGGGCCACUCGCUCUCGGCGCACAAACAUGCAUUUCUCCUCAGCUGGAUCAACUUUAACUGGGCUUUCACCAAGUGGUAGGGAAACUAUGGAUCCUAUUGCAGAAUUACUUUCACAGUUGUCAAGCGUUAGAAGCCGGGCUGCUGCUGCUCAGAGUGUCUCCUCUCAGCUGCAGCAACUGGAAAUGCAACUGCAUUCAACAAGACAACAGUUAGAACGUUUACCAAGAAGGUCUACAGAUUCCACAGUAAACACAGGCCGAAACGCAGUGGGUGGAAGUGGUCCUGGCAUUUCUGCAGACUUAACCAGUUCCACAUCUAGUAACAACAACAACACUCCUAGUUCACAGUUUUUGUUGCCAAGGUGCAUUGAUAACUCUAAUUCAGAAAGUGGUGGACAGAAUGUGGAAGCAGAAAGAACGGAUCGGGGAUUAUUUGUACAAGAGUUGCUCUUAUCCACAUUGACAGAACAUUUACAAUUAGGGGAUUUUUCGGAGUGGAUAAGUUCUUUGUCAGAGCAGACAGAAACUGGCCCACAUGGCUCCCAGCCACCAUCAGGCAGUGGGGCAAGUCCUCAGCAGAGCUCCAGUAAUGAGCCUGUAGAAACCAAACGCUCUCAGCGUCCCCCACCUCCUACUGAUGUGUCCUCACAGGGCUUGAAGAGGAAGGCGAGUUCAACAUCAACACAGGGUCAGGUUGGUGGCAGCGGUGGGAUGGUACAGUCGAUGGGGCAGCAGGCCCAGGUGCUGGUUCCAGGUCCUGCUAUUAGGGCCCCUCUCUCCCCAGGGCAAGGCGUUCAUCCCAGUCCAGUGCCUGGUGCUGGUGUAGCCGUUGGGACCUCUCCCCAGUCUCAUACAAGGCCUUCACCAACAGGACUAAGAGAUCCAAGGAUGAAUCCCCCGGCUGCCAAGAGGAACCUGCUCAAGCAUGUAGAAGCUACCAAAAAGUCAGAACCUCCUCCGCAUUAAUAGCCAACAUAGUUUGAACCAUUCGUUGAACUGGAAAAAAGGAUUGUUGAUCCUAUGAUUUUUUUUUUUUCAAUUUAUUUCCGUAUCAAUUUGUAUUAUUUAUUGGAGAGGUUAAAGCUGCUGUAGUUCAAGGCUUUUGCUUUUUGUGUAAAGUGGUUCAAUAUGACUACAAGUGUCAAAUCAGUUGUAAAGCUAUCGGACGAGUGGCUGUCACCUAUGUAUAUACGUGGCUUGUGUGAAACCACUUCAUAGCAUUUUCCUUUCUUCUUUUUUUAAGAGGACUUUUGUUGAAAAAAGUUGAAGUACUAUAUUGACCUGUGAUACAUGUAAAUUGUCAUAUUUGCCAAAGUGCAGACAAAACUUAGAACACUUGUAUGGAUUGAAUAAUCCAAAAUGAAGCCAACCUUGGGAUUGGUUGUGCCAGGACAAUAUUUCAGGACAUAAGUGGUGAUAUGUAAAAAAAACAAAAACUAGGUUCUGCAGCUGUGCAAGUGAACAAAGUUUACAUAGGUUUGUGUGAAGUUUGCCUUGCUGAGAGAGCAUCUGAAGAGUGUGAAAGUGUCUUGUCAGUUUGUAAUCAGAAACCAGGAGCCGUCAGUGAAUUCUGUUUGUGCUGUUUUGAGCAGAAAGGCCAACCUUUACCUUUACAAUCAGUUACAUGUAACCCAGGGUGUUGUGGACUUGAGAUUGGUUUUCCUUGUAUUUUAUGAUAUAUCUCCUGGCACAGUUUAACACUCUACCCACCACCUGGACCCCCUUGAUGCCACUUUCACUGUACAACUACCUUAUUGGAGAGGGGAGCCAUUCAUUACCCAGCCACAGGUAUUAUUAUUGAUUACUGAAUGGAGCCUGGGGAAUUCCAUAAUCAUAUCAAGUUUUCUCCCCAGAGAAUGAGACCGUGCUUACAAGUAGCUAGAUGAUCGAGAAACUGUGCUAUAUGAACUUUGUGAUGAUUGGGAUUUGGACAACCAAAAGGUAGCCUGUCCAAAGCAGACCUGUGUAAUUAUUAAACGUGUACAGAGGGCACACUACAGUCGGUGUUCAAGCUAAAAUAAAUACACAAAAUACUAUAAUAAC